AUGUGGAUCGUUGGACGAGCUACGCUUAUUGGCUUAACGCUCUUGGUGGUGUGCAGUGUUGUGGUCACUUCCGAGCAAGGUGUUGUGAUAAGCAAACCGGGGCAAAAUGGAAAAGCCGACGAUUUGCUCUACCCGCUAACGAUUAUCCAUUUGAACGAUUUCCACGCUCGGUUCGAAGAGACAAACACGGUUUCAACGCGCUGCAAACCGGACGAGGGUGAACGAUGUAUUGGAGGGUACGCACGAGUAGUAGCACGCGUGAAAGCUCUGCAGCAGGAGUACGCCGAACGGAACCCAAUCUAUCUGAAUGCAGGGGAUAGCUUCCAGGGUACGAUCUGGUACACGUUGCUACGGUGGAAUGUGACCGCACACUUCCUAAACCUGCUGCCCGCGGACGCAAUGACACUCGGGAACCAUGAGUUUGACCACGGUGUGGAUGGGCUGGUACCAUUUCUGGAAGCAAUCCGAAGCCCAAUGCUGGUAGCCAACAUUGACGAUCGGGAUGAACCGACGCUGCAAGGCAAGUACCAGAAGAGUGUGGUGCUUGAUCGAGGUGGACGCAAAAUUGGAGUGAUUGGCGUUAUACACCACGCUACGGAUACACUCAGCAUGACGGAUGGGGUCCACUUCCUGGACGAGGUGGAGUGUAUCAAUCGUGAAGCGGAAUCACUGAAACAGCUCGGGGUAGACAUUAUCGUGGUCCUAUCGCACUGUGGGUUCGCCAUUGAUCAGCACAUUGCGCAAGAGUGUCCCGAGGUGGACGUUGUCGUUGGUGGUCACUCGCACACACUACUACACACAGGGAACGUGACCGAUUGGCCGGAUGUACCGGCCGGUAGCUAUCCGUUCGUUGUGGAGCAGCCCUCCGGACGCCGUGUGCUGAUCGUACAGGCAGGAUCCUUCACCAAGUACAUCGGUCAUCUACUGGUGUACUUCGACGAGCACGGUGAAGCAGUACGCUGGGAAGGUAACACCGAGUAUCUAAACGGACAGUUCCCGAAGGAUGAGCAAAUUGAACGAGAACUCGUACCUUGGCGAACGCAGGUCGACACACUUGCCGUUCGCCCGGUCGGUAUGUCGAAGGUAUUCCUUUCGAAACCUGCCUGCCGGACCGGUGAGUGUAACUUUGGCAGCUUCGUUGCGGAUGCUUUCGUCGAUUUCUAUGUUGGACGGGGUAGCACAGAGCACGAGUGGACUUACGCUGCCAUCGGUAUCACGAACGAUGGUGGGCUGCGGACAUCGCUCAAUCCCGGCACGCUAACGUACGAAGAUCUGGUGACGGCGAUCCCGUACGAAAACACGGUAGACACGUUCGAGCUGCGCGGUCAGUAUCUGCUCGAUGCGCUUGAAUACAGCGCGAGUCGGUACAAUACGGCGGAUGUGCUGCAAUUCUCGGGACUGCACGUUACCUUCAACCUUACGCGACCGGCGUUCCAACGAGUGCAGCAGGUGGAUGUGAGAUGCCGGGUCUGUCGUGUUCCACGCUAUGAGCCACUUGAUCCUGAGGCGACCUAUCGGAUCGCAAUAGCUGCAUGGAUCGGUUCGGGUGGAAAUGGUUACGAAAUGUUCGGUCAGCAUCGUACAAACGUGCGUGUUGGACCACUAGAUAUCGACGUUUUCGAGCGAUAUGUUGCCAAGAUGUCACCGAUCGUGCAGGGCACUGAUGGGCGUAUGGUUUUCGUGACGUGA